CCGAUUGGAGCGUCAAUGAAGCCCUCGCGCGGUCUCGACACCUCUUAUAAACACCCAGAGCGCAGUAAGCGAGGAUACAGCCUGACUGCAGGGACUGGAGCGACAAGUGGCUGCGGGAAAACAACACCAAUGUGUCGGAGCGGGCAGAGGAUGCUGCCGCCUUGCUUACUUGUGGCGGGCUUGCUGCUUGGAUUCGGCCGGGCCGCCUUGUCUUGGACCGGGGAGACCCCGCUGCUGCAGCCCGGGAAUGCGACUCCCAACCUCGACUCCUUCCACACUCCUCGCCCAAGCGAGGACGAUGACGGCGGCGAGACAGCCUCCGCCGGCCCGGCCCUUAAACCGGAGGAUCCCGGAUUAACCUGCUACGAGGAUAGAAUGACACUCAAGUUACCCGGCACUGGCGUGAAGGCGCUCCGUGUGCGAGUGAAGAAUCGCCUCCUUCCAGUGGCGAGCCUGGCCGGGUUUUGCAAGUACAGCGUGACGUUUAGUGGGGGCUACAGCUUGUUCACUACGUCAUUCAAGGGCUGCAACGUGAAGAUACAGGAAAUCAACGGGAUCUCCUCCUUCGUGCUCACUGUGUUCUUCCCAAGGGCUGGGGGUGCAGGGCUGGUGAUGAGGUGUCCACAGAGCACCCCCAAACCUCUCCCCAAUGCAGCCUGUGGGGUCACCACUGUGACCUUUGAACUGCCAGAGGGACCCCUAGAGGAGGUCACAAUCUCGGACCGGUCUGGUUUGGAGAUGCUGAUCAAAGACGCCCCAGAUGAAUGUGCUUUCUACCUGAUGAAGGGAGACGGGAGGAAUGUGCUCACAAUCUCUUACUAUGCCAAGGAUGAAGGCUGUCCUCUCCAAACACAGAACAAUACCCUGGUCUUCCAUGUGACGUACAAGGACGCGGAGGGACGGCCAGGCUCUAUAGAGCAGAGGUGUCUCCCAUUCGAACCCCCUGCUGUCUGUGGCCCCUCCAGCAUGAGUACAGAUCUGCCAGAGGGGCCACUAGACCAGGUCUUCAUCCUGGAUGGGAAGAACAGCUUGGUUGCUGUGAAGGCCAAUGGCAGCUGUGGCUAUGGGCUGGUCCAGGGGAUUGGGAAGAACUACUUUAUGGCUCCUUACGAUGCUUGUGAUGUGCUGAAACAGAACAUUGAAGGCCAUGUCCACUACUCGCUGUCCGUUUCCUUCUCUGAUGUAAACGAGGUGACUCGCUUGAGGCAUAUGAAGUGCCGUGUCUUGGCUAAGCGUGAGAUCCUCCCUCCUCCCUCUCUCCCUCCCCUCCCUGCUGGUGUCUCGGUCUCCUGCAGUGAGGGGUGCAUGACGGUGCUUCUGCCUGCCGGUCCCCUCGAUCUGGUCAAAGUCAAGGAUGACUCCAAUAAUUUGGUUGGGGUGCAGUCUGCACCAAGUGCGUGUGGCUACACUCUAGAGGAGAAGGCUGGAAAGACCGUCUUGACAGUGUCUUACACAGCCUGCCAUGUCAAGACCUUGAAUAACUUGUAUGUCCUGACGGUGCUCUUCACCCCCUACUCCUCUGACCAGAGGGAGGUGACGGUAUCAUCCUGCCCUGUACCCCCAAAUCCCAUCCCCCAAGAAGGCUGUCUGAUCCCAGCUGAGCAGCAGCUUCCCUGUGGCCCCUCUAAGCUCUCUCCAGCGCUGUGCCGGGCUAGAGGCUGCUGCAUGAACCCCAAAACCCGCCGCUGCUUCUACCCUCUAGAGAGUAAGCACCCCAUUCCUCUCCUCCAAUAGACUGAUUUCCUCUUG